CACAGUUUGGCACAAUCAUGGCGAAUAUAACAAGUUUAAUUCUGCUAAACGCUUCAAUCAUCAAGCCAUCUGGUUACUGCGAGAAUCUUCAACCGUUUUUGGACAUGGACAUCAGGAAGAAGCUGCCACAGUACUACGUUAUCGCUUCUCUAACGGCUUCUUUUUUCAUGUUCAUGCUUUGUUUUUUCGCAUUGUUUUUAAACGCAGUAGUUGUGUUCGUCACAUGGCGAACGCCCGCGUUGCACUCGCCGAGAAACAUUUUGCUUUGCUCCUUGGCAGCCACCGACUUUUUUGUUGGUUUCACAUCUCAGCCGUUCUUCGUUGUAGCCGAACUGUUCUUGCUAUUUGGCCAAUUGGAAAGAUACUGCCUGACUGUGUUCAUGCUUUUCUAUUCAAGCUGGCUUUUCAAUGGGAUUUCUUUCCUAACUCUGACGGCCAUUAGCUUCGAGCGAUAUCUCGCUCUUCGCUUUCAUCUUCGAUAUACAGAAUUGAUAACAGCCUCUCGCGUGGUCAUAACGGUUGUUAUCUACUGGUUAAUAUGGGCGACUUUGGUUACAGUUCUUUGGUUUUGGGCCACCAGCAAGCUCUUAGCUUAUGCACUCACGGCCGUGUGUUUUGUAAUGGGAGUCAGCGCUUUGAGGUGCCUUUCCCUUAUUCACAAAACUAUGAAAAGGCACAAUAAACACGUACGCGAUACAAAUCAAAAAACCUUUCAAAGUAUGAUUCGCUAUCGCCGCAGUACAAACACAAUGAUCAUUCUCGUGGCCGCGUUUGCGUUAAGUUAUAUCCCAUUUGUUAUCACCACUGCAGUUAGUGCCUCGCAAGAACAAGAAGAUCUAAGAACAUCUGUGGCACAUUGCUUGGCAGUUGCAGUCAUGUUUGCAAACUCCUCUGUGAAUCCUGUGAUCUAUUUCUGGCGAGUAACUGAGCUUCGCGAAGCGGCCGAGCGAACUUUGAGGAGAUUCCAUCCUCUAAAGACAAAACGAAGUGACACGGAGUUUGACACAAGAUAACGUUUUUGACAAAUCGAUUCAAAGUUUAACUACCACACCUGAGGACCAUACAGCUUCUUUUUGCAAAUUCAUCCACUAAACAGGUGGAGCGAUUAUUUAAUCCACUUCGUCACCUUUUCUGCAGCUACAAAUUUUUACUCUUUUACAAGCAACUGAAAGAGAAAAAUGAUUUGAAGCAUUCAGUGCUUUGUGAAUCCAUUGUUAACCCUUUACACUCUAACGUCAAUAUACAUCUUCUCCAUUUGUUCUCUAUACAUAUCUUAAUGUAUUGACAAGGAGAAUUUGUUUAACAAUCAAGUACUUCCUUAGUUGGUGAUUAUUUCUUUUAUUCUCAUGACCUCAACGUGUGAUCCAGGGAUGAUAUUGUAAGGAGAAAUUAGAUGCUAGUCACUCUUGGGAGUCAAGGGGUUGUCGCUUUUAUUGCUUGUACUUAUUAAUCAAAUAGGACAAUUUUUUUUCUUUUCCUUAUGAAAACGAAUCGACAUCGCCAAAGAACUUGGUGUUUUUCCUUC